AUGUAUUCUCAACAGCAAAUGGCUCCAAUGCCUCAGCAACAACAAAAACCAACAAUUCAAAAGUUACUUGAUGACAAUUCUCAGCUAAUAUCAAUGAUCAUCGACUUACAAUCCAAAGGAAGACCAACAGACUGCCUUGAGUACCAACGUACAUUGCAUCGAAAUCUAACGUAUCUUACGCAGUUCGAUAUGACACAGUCACAUCAUCCAAAUAACCUGCCUCCACCAGAAGCGUUUUUGCAAACACCACAGCAGCAACAACAACAACAACAACAGCCGAUGAUGAUGGGAAAUAACAUGAUGCAACAAAAUCAAAUGGGUGUGCCACCAUCAAGUUCAGAACAAAUGUAUCGAACCCAAACGAAUAGCCCAGUGCCGUCGAAUGUUCCUUCGUCAACGUUGAACAAAAGUCCACAUGCCAAUACUAGUGGUGGUCUUUAUCCACCAUCGAAUACUCCUUCGACGAACGCGUCUUUGGCUCCUUCUCUUCAACAACAACGAUCACCGGCGCAUUCAGCACCAUCACCUUCUCCUUCCGGUGCGAUGACAUCGUCGAUUUCACCACAAAAUUCAGUUAUGAACAAGGCCCCAACCCCACAACCAACAUCAGCGCAUCUACCUUCGAUGUCACAACAACAACAACAGCAGCAACGACCUUAUCUAUCUGCUCAACCCAUGAUGCCACAGCAAAGUAGAAUGAUGAAUGGCGCUGGUAUGGAUCAUUCAUCGACCGGUCAAGUGCCUUCUUCAUAUAUGCAAGGACAACAAGCAUAUAUGCCUCAACAACAACCAUCGCAGCAGCAGCAGCAUGCAUAUCAAAUGCAACAAAAUGGAUACGGUCACCAUCCUAAUGGUGGUAUGCCUCAGCAGCAGCAGCAACAACAACAGCCACAUUAUUCCAUGUAUCAUCAACAGCAAAAUCCAGGAAUGUCUGUUCCUCCGAAUCAAACUGCUAAACCCAAUUCCCCAUUAAAUGGUCAACAACAAUCAAUUAUUCCAUCUUCUACUUCACCUAAACCUUCAUCAUCAAGUUCACCAUCUCAAGCCACUAAUACACAAAAUCUAGUUUCCAAUCAACAACAGCAACAGCAACCACCGCCUCCACAACAAAUGGCUUACAACAAUUACGGCGGUCAGCCUCAACAACCUCCUAUGUACCAUCCCCAACAGAAUUAUCACAUGCAGCAACAAACACAACCUCCUCAAUGGCAAAAUCAACCACGAAUGAUGAUGCAACCUCAAUACACAUCAUACCAACAAGGACAAUACCAACCAGCUCCACCUCAAUCUUAA